AUGUAUAAGAAUGGAGAGAGUAUAGCGAUCCAGAAGAGAUUAUCUUCUUCUUCUUCUUCUUCUUCUUCUUCUUCUUCUUCUUCUUCUUCUUCUUCUUCUUCGCCUCCCCUUCUCUCAAUAUGCCAGAUCUCAGACAAUGAACCAGAGAUGACAAGGUUAUCAAACAGCCAUUUUCUCCUCCUUUUCCGCUUUCUUUCUUCUUCUUCUUCUUCUUCUUCUUCUUCUUCUUCUUCUUCUUCUUCUCCUCCUCUCAAUAUGCCUUGUCUUCUUCUUCUUCUUCUUCUUCUUCUUCUUCUUCUUCUCUCAGUAUGCCUUGUGAAGGUUAGUCUUUUUCUUCUUUGUUUCUCAGUAUGCAAUAUGAUUAUUAGGUUUUCUUCUUCUUCUUCUUCUUCUUCUUCUUCUUCUUCUUCUUCUUCUUUGUACCGAUCACGUUCAAGAUGUCCUAACCCUUACAUGGUACAGAAAAAGUGUACAUCUACGUCUGUCUGUCACAACUUAUCUAUCUAUCUAUCUAUCUAUCUAUCUAUCUAUCUAUCACAAUCGGUUCAUAUCUAUCUAUUUAUCUAUCUAACUAGCUAUCAUUUCGCUCUGUCUUACUGUCAGUUACCAUAUAUUCAUAUCUGCCUAUCUCUCUGUACGUAUCUUUGUAUCUCAGUUUUUUCAUCUAUCUAUCUAUCGAUCUAUCUAUCUAUCACAAUCGGUUCAUAUCUAUCUAUUUAUCUAUCUAUCUAUCUAUCAAUCUAUCUAUCUACCCCAUUUUUUGUAUAUUUAUCUAUCCCAGUCUGUUCAUAUCUAUCUAUCUAUCUAUCUAUCUAUAUAAAGAAAUAUAGUCUUAAGUCUUUUCGCGUGUAUAUCUAUCUAUCUAUCUAUCUAUCUAUCUAUCUAUCUAUCUAUCUAUCUAUCUUAUUCUGCUUAUCACAGCGUUCUGUGACUCUCAACUGUUAUUGGUGUUCCGAAAGAAUAUUUAAUCUGCAUACCAUUGUUGCUUCCAGAAAAAUCAGUUGCAUGAUACUGUCACUUUUCAUAAACCGAUUUUCUUAA